AAAAAUGGACCUCGCUGCUUCUCCUCCUCUCCUCUUUCCCCUCGUCGCUUCCGUGGUGUAUUCUCUCUUGCGCGCUCCACACGAUCGCAUCCCCUAAUAGAGAGCGCGAGAACACGGAGAAGAAAACCGAGUACCCUAACCCUAGAUUAGCCAUGAUCAACCUCGGCAUGGACACGAGGCCCUCGGCGGCGAGCUCCGGCACGGCGGAGAAGGCCUUCUCCUUCUUCUCCAAGGGGUGGCGCGACGUCCGCGACUCCGCCGACGCCGACCUCCGCCUGAUGCGGGCCCGCGCCGACUCCUUGAAGAACCUCGCCGACCGCGAGCUCGAGAACUUCCUCCACUCGGCGUCGGCGUUCUCGGCCCCGGCGCGCCCCGCGGCGGAGGGGUCGAUCGUCGAGCUCGAGUUCGUGAAGCGGAUCCAGCCGAAGCUCUCCGAAAUACGGCGCGCGUACUCGUCGCCGGAUUUCAGCCGGAAGGUGCUCGAGAGGUGGAGCCCCAAAUCGACGAUACGGGUCGAUCUCUCGGCCAUAAAGAAAGCGAUUGUGGCGGAGGUGGAUGAGGUGGGAGGCGCGCUGGAUUUGGGGAAGGAAAGGUUUCGGGGGCAGAGGAAGGUUCUGUGGAAGGAUCGAGAGCGGGAGGAGGAAGAGGAGGGCAAGGAGUGGGAGCCGAUCCGUAUGUUAAAGACUGGGUUAAAGGAGUUCGAGAGGAAGAGCCAGCCGAAUGAGAUCUUUGGGAAUUUCAAGAGCAACGAAUUUGUUGAGAAAAUUAAAAUGAGCUUGAAGUCAAUGUGCAAAGAGCCUGAACAAUCCAAGGAAGUUCCGCCUUUGGAUAUACCUGAGCUUUUGGCAUAUCUUGUUAAACAAUCUGGACCAUUGUUUGAUCAGUUUGGCAUCAAAAGAGAAACAUAUCUUCUGGGUGUAGACAUUUGCGACAAAAUAGUGGAGGCCCUAUGCAGUAAACACAAAGACCACCUUCUAUAUAAUCCUGUUAGUCAAAAUGGAACAUCCUUAUGUGGAAAUGAGACUAUAAGCGACGAACUUGACCUACGAAUAGCUAGUGUGCUGCAAAGUACUGGCCAUCACUGUGAUGAGGGAGGGCUUUGGAGUAAUGCUGUAAAGCAUGAUAGGACAGAUCAUAAGCGCCAUGUUGCAAUUUUUACAACUGCUAGUCUUCCCUGGAUGACUGGAACUGCUGUAAAUCCACUUUUUCGAGCUGCAUAUUUGGCUAAAUCAGCUAAGCAGGACGUAACGUUGGUGGUCCCUUGGCUUUGUAAGUCAGACCAACAACUGGUUUAUCCCAACAACAUGGCUUUCAGCUCUCCAGGGGAGCAGGAGGCCUAUAUACGGAAUUGGCUGGAGGAAAGAAUCGGCUUUAAGGCAGAUUUCAAGAUCUCUUUUUAUCCUGGAAAGUUCUCAAAAGAACGGCGAAGCAUUAUUCCUGCUGGUGACACUUCACAGUUCAUCUCCUCGAAGGAAGCUGACAUUGCCAUAUUGGAGGAACCAGAGCACCUAAACUGGUACCACCAUGGAAAGCGGUGGACCGACAAGUUUGAUCACGUGGUAGGUGUUGUUCAUACGAAUUACUUGGAGUACAUCAAGCGGGAGAAGAAUGGUGCUAUACAAGCUUUUUUUGUCAAACAUAUCAACAAUUUGGUCGCCCGUGCAUACUGCCAUAAGGUAUUGCGUCUUUCUGCAGCAACUCAGGAUCUACCGAAGUCCGUCAUUUGCAAUGUGCAUGGUGUGAAUCCCAGAUUUCUUGAGGUUGGAGUGAGAAUGGCAGCUGAAAGGGAGCGAGGGCAACAUGCAUUCUCCAAAGGGGCAUACUUCCUGGGGAAGAUGGUGUGGGCCAAAGGUUACAGAGAACUGAUAGAUUUGUUAGCUAAACACAAGAGUGACUUGGAAGGCUUCAAGUUGGAUGUCUUUGGAAACGGUGAGGAUUCAUAUGAAGUUCAAUCAGCAGCUAAGAAGUUGGACCUUAAUCUUAACUUCCUAAGAGGAAGGGACCAUGCAGAUGAUUCACUUCAUGGGUACAAGGUUUUCAUCAAUCCAAGUGUUAGCGAUGUCCUAUGCACUGCAACAGCAGAGGCUCUUGCAAUGGGGAAGUUCGUUAUCUGUGCCGACCACCCGUCAAAUGAUUUCUUCCGGGAUUUCCCGAACUGCUUGACGUACAAAACAUCGGAAGAUUUUGUUGCCAGAGUUAAAGAGGCGAUGGCCAGUGAGCCUCAACCCCUCACCCCUGAGGAGAGAUAUAACUUAUCAUGGGAGGCUGCAACCCAAAGAUUCAUGGAGUAUUCGGAACUCAACAAGGUUUUGAGUAAUGAGAGCAAUGAGCAUGGAGAAAGUAGUAAAACAAUCAGUAAGAUGAAAAAGUCGGUUUCCUUGCCAAAUUUGAAUGAUAUGGUGGAUGGAGGGUUGGCAUUUGCUCAUUACUGUCUAACAGGCAAUGAAAUUCUAAGGUUGUCUACAGGAGCAAUACCCGGUACACGUGAUUAUGAUAAGCAACAUUGUAGGGAUUUGCACCUCUUGCCUCCUCAGGUACAGAAUCCUGUGUAUGGCUGGUAAUGUAUAGUAUAUUGUAACCUUAGCCCUCAUUGUAGCAACAUUGUCUCUUCAUUGUAACCUUGCACCUCUUGCCUCCUCAUUGUAGCAACAUUGUCUCUCUCUAUAUCUUGUGGUGUAUAGUAUAUUGUAACCUUAGCCCUGCGCUUUUCCCCUAGUCGUAAACAUGUACAAUGAGCCCACAUCCCCAUCCACUGAACUUAGUAAUAUCGUAAGAUCGGAGAGAUUCCUAUUGAACUUUUUUUUUUCCUUCCUUUCUUUGGGUGGGCAGGGUUUCGUAUUGUAUGUUAUUCUUUAAGCACGCGAAUAUAAAUACAGACAAAUGAAUGGGGAUAUGUACUGAAUAUUGGAGAUUCAAUGAGAGUAAUCCAUUUGACGA